CCUGCCUGACGUGUGCCUCGUGCCAUUUGAGCCAGUCACGGCUCAGGACUAAAGAACCAAGGCAGUCACUUUACCUCCCCAAGUCCCAUCCACGUCCGUCCCGUCUUAAUCAAAGAAGCGAAGCCCCAUCUUAAGACUCGCCUCUCACCUUCAGCCUCGACUUUUGUCUUGUCAUCUCACUAUCGUUGCCAACCUCUUCGCCCUAAAUCGCCCUUUUCCCUCGAUUCGCUUGCGUCGCGCAAUCAUCCCGAUACGAUUUCCGGUCCGAGCGUCUCUCCACGCCCUCGUUCUAGGACACGUCCAAUCCCUCAACGUCCAGGUCAUACCGCCACUGCUGCUAUCACUGUCACUCUUGAUAGACGUUCCCCAUACCUCUUCAUCUCGAAAUUACAUUCCCAUCUCUCACUAUGGCCUCUCGACAACCUCCAGCUGGCGCCCGCGGCACUAACACCCGGUUCGCUCAGUUCAAGCUGGUUCUUCUUGGCGAGUCCGCUGUAGGAAAGAGUUCAAUAGUCUUGCGAUUUGUCAAGGACCAAUUCGAUUCCUAUCGCGAGUCCACCAUCGGUGCUGCCUUCUUGACCCAGACCAUCUCUCUCGAUGAGAACACUACUGUCAAGUUCGAGAUCUGGGAUACCGCCGGCCAGGAACGCUACAAGUCUCUCGCUCCCAUGUACUACCGAAAUGCAAACUGCGCCGUUGUCGUUUACGAUAUUACUCAAUCUGCAUCACUAGACAAGGCAAAGGCUUGGGUUAAGGAGCUACAACGCCAGGCGAAUGAGAACAUUGUCAUUGCCCUCGCAGGAAACAAGCUGGAUUUGGUUACUGAGCAACCCGACAAACGAGCCAUUCCUACUGCCGAUGCUGAGGCUUAUGCCCGUGAAGCUGGCCUCCUCUUCUUCGAGACUUCUGCCAAGACUGCCGAGAACGUCCAAACUCUUUUCACAGCCAUAGCUAAGAAGCUGCCUUUGGACCAAGCUGGUCCACGACAUGCUCGACCGGGACAACGACCGGGUGUCAGCCUGGCUCCCGAGAACUCCAACACUAACGUCAGCGGCCCUUGCAGCUGCUAGGCAGGCAUCGAAGUUGAGGCAUCAGGUUUACAGUCCACUUUUCGUUACGCCCACGCACAUAUCACAGAGGCCUCAGCGUGGAUCCAGCACGGCGAGUUGUCCGAGAUUACGGACUCUGAGGUAAUGCAUGAGCUGGGGCGUGUCAUAUAAUUUAUCGGAGUCCUUGGGUUUGGAGGGAUCAGUUCAGUCCAUACUUUUUUAAUACCGAACUUGAAUUUUUGUUGCUGGUAGUUUGAAUGACCUGGAUGCUCGACUGUACCGUCGCCUGGCACUUCAGCGUGCCAGAGAACGGGGAGUGGCUAGGGGAGGUAUGAGAACAACAGACCUCGAUCAUAGGCGACUUAAAUGUCUGAAGGUUUCUUAUUCCCCAUUGGUGGCUCAUGACAUGGGCAAGCAGGAGAGUAUGGACGAGCCGCUCUAUAGUUUCUUUUUCUUCACAGCUUCUGAAUAGAUGGCUGCUAUUAGAUGAAUUAUGGGAUCAUGUUAACAAAAUCCUAUGCUGCAUGUGAUCAGGCCAUGCGUAUUUUAUGUUCACGUUGUGAGUCUGGAAAAGGCCGGAAUGCAUUUCAAAACACUAUUGGCAUUAGAAGCUCUUCAUAACUACUUACUAAGUGGCUAUUUAGGCUCUGGUCCGAGGUCUCAUGUCUUUUUUUGCCCCCAAACAGAGUUCGUGAGGAAGUCUGGGAUGCAGACAUGUCUUGGAGUUGGAUCCACGUAAGAACUCGUCAAUUGAAUGAGUGUUAGUUGCGUUAGUGUAUUCAGUAUCGCCACAUAACAAUGAAAACAUAUGUUGAGAUUAUUAUAAUUCUUUAGAAUAGGUAUUCAACAGAGCACGACUUGAUAUUUCAACCCCAUGAUCACAUGUAAUCAACCAGAAGUUACUAACCAUAGGCUCUUCACUAGGAGAG